GGGAGCGGUUCGGGAGGACUCGGCAGCCGCUGGUAGCCGCCAGUCUUCCUGAGCGGUGAGAGAGUGUGUGUGAGGUGGCUGCUGUGCGAAUCGCUGUUCAAAACCGCACGGUGCUCAGCAGUUUUCAAUGACUGGCCUGAUUACUAAAAUCAGUGGCAUUUCCGGUUGCUCAUUUAUGGAGUUUCUGAAGGGCAGCAGGGACUAUUGCCAGGCACAGCACGGCCACCUCGCAGACAAGUGAACUCCAGGUCUCUCCCGUUUCAUCUACUCCACGAGGAAAUCAUCUUAAAUGUAAAAGUGCCAACAGCAAACUGGGAUUCAUCUGGAUACUGGAUUUAAAAAUUGGAUAGUUUGUGAGAAACAGAGGACAUUUGUUCUUUCAAUGACCUAGCCUGGAUGGGGUAAAUCUGCCUGUGUUUUGUGCAGUUGGAUGCUUUAAGAAGCACCAUUGCUUAGAGACGCCAACCGAAACGUGCCAGUCUGAAUUGGAUUUCACAUCAAGUGUGUUGAGUCCAAUUGUGAGUGGAAAUUUUAAAAGCACAAGUACCAACAACGAAAAGGAACACAAAAGUGCUGUUUCAGAAUCUCCCUUUUUAUACAGUUUUUUUUUUCGAGUUGCAACCACAAUGAACCGCCCGGCCCCCGUAGAAAUCAUCUCCGAGAGUAUGAGGUUUCUCAUCACACACAACCCAACCAAUGCUACCCUCAACAAGUUCACAGAGGAACUCAAAAAGUAUGGUGUUACCACACUGGUUCGAGUUUGUGAAGCCACCUAUGACAAGGCUCCUGUUGAAAAAGAAGGCAUUCAGGUUUUGGACUGGCCAUUUGAUGAUGGAGCCCCACCUCCUACUCAAAUUGUGGAUGACUGGUUGAAUCUGUUGAGAGAGAGAUUCCAUGAUGAACCUGGAUGUUGUAUUGCAGUUCACUGUGUGGCAGGACUGGGACGAGCUCCAGUGCUUGUUGCAUUAGCAUUGAUUGAAUCUGGAAUGAAGUAUGAAGACGCUGUUCAGUUUAUACGGCAGAAAAGACGUGGAGCUUUUAAUUCAAAGCAACUACUUUACCUCGAGAAAUAUCGGCCAAAAUUGCGUUUGCGCUUCAGAGCCGCAAAUAGCACAAGCUGCUGCAUCCAGUAACAAUCUGUCUCUGGACUGUAGAUACCUUGGUGACGCAAACACAAAAUUGAAUAUAUUCACAUUCGGUGAAGACAGGACCUUCAAUCUUGAAGUGAAUUUUUGAAAAAAGAAAUCUGUCUUUGUGGUGAAGGAAUUGUGUAUUUUUCAUAUGAUUGAUCUUAUCAGGGAGGUGUUGCAUCUUAAAAUGGUCUGUAUAGAAAGAAUUCACUGCCUCUGUAAAAAGAGGUUAAGAUUAUGUCUGUGCAAAGUCCCGCUUUCACCUCACUUUGUAGACCUCACUUGCAUUGCACAAAGACUUCUUAAGGUUAUGGUUCGAUGCAAUAGAUUAUCCCUCUGAUUGCAGCAGGUAGGCAAAAUAAAAGAUGGUAUCUGGCACUGUAAUUGUAUUGUAUUUGAUUUCCAGAGAUGAGCAAUGCCAAUCUUAGUGAAUAAGCUCUUUGUUUUGGUGUAAUACUUAGGGUUUCUUUUAGAAUUGAAGCGUUAAGUGUAUAAACAUCUUUACUUUAGGUUCUUCUAGUCAAUUUUUCAUCCGAAAAGUUGGAAGGGUGAGAGUAUGAGUAACUGCCCUUUUAUUUAAAUAUUUUGCUUUGCAACCCUUACGCAGUGACAAUCUGCAAAAUGCACAUCAGACAUUUUCCAAGAUGUGGAAGAUGUGUGCUGCAAUAUUGGGUUUGCAUUCCCUUAGUGGCAAAUGCUCCACCCUGAAUUCUAAUAUUACCUUAAUGGGUUUUCUUUUACCCCAGCCACAGUACUAUGUAGUGUUACACUACACUAUACUUGGGACAAGAAUUGGAGAGCAGUGGGAAUAGUAAAUUGCCAAACCGAUAGUGGCUCCUGUGACUGCUUUUAUUGAACCCACAAGAUAGCUAAUUACAUGCGCUACAAGUUCUUUCCGGGAGGGUUAUUGAUCUAGAAGUAUACCCAUCUGAACAUUACAUAGUAUUUUAUGAACCUAACAGCAGAAAACAAUAGCACAGCAAAGUCUCAUCAUUUUUUAUAGAUAUCAUCAUCUGAUAUAGAUAGAAAAGGGAAAAAUUGAACAAAUAAUAGUCUGAGUCAGAGAACAUGCAGUGUCUGGAUUUCUAAUGAAGUGUUAGAGUGAGUAAAAAAGUGAAGGUGAAAAUCUAGAAAAUGGUUAAAUGAAGAAUGCAGAUGUCUGUCUAACAUCUGGCCUUAAAUGUUGCAUUGAAUUGUAAAACAUGUAUACAGCAAAGAUGAAUUAAUAUCUGCUUCCUUUUUUUUCCAUACUCUUAUUUGCCUACAAUGAACAUUUGCCAUUUUGUGUAUGUUUUUGUUUUGGGUUUAGCACUGAACCCCUCACAAAAAUGUGCAAAAUGUCAAUUUAUUUGAUUUUCUUGUUAUAAACAGUUUUCAGCUCUUUAUGAAACAAAAAAGCCAAAAAAAGCUUAUUCUAAUUUUUAUUCACUUUAAAUAGAGAGAAAGGACAGGAAUUUCAUGAGCUGCGGAUGUGAGAAAUGAAACUGGUUUCUUGGGUAGUUAAGUAAAGGGGCAGCUUGUUGAUUGUGUCCAAUGAUCAGACUGAUUCAAGGAGAAAUUGCUUCUGAAUCAUGGCUUAAUCUUUUUUAAAAAAGAUUUUCUCCUGAUGUCAUUUUAAAAAAAUAAAAUUCACAUUAUUUCUGGAGAAGCACUUGCUGCUAACCUAGUACCGCACAACAAAUCUGGCCGCCUUACAUUGGUACACUGGCAUAGUUGUUGCUCUGACCCAUUUUGCAAAUUUAACUUGGCUGUUUCUGAUUCUAAAGAUGUGGCUCAUGCAAAAGCUCACAUCAUAGUCAUAGCCAAAUGUGUACAGAGGCACAAUGUAUCCAGAAAAGACUCUCAAAACAAAUGUGCAACAUUUUCACUAUUUAAGAACAUUAUCUCUCUAACUUUAGUUGGUACUAAUUUUACAUGAAUGAUUCUUUAAUGCUCCUAUCAAAUGUGGGGUCAAGCUGCUAUUUGCUGAUGCAAAAUGAAUUAACCAGUGCCUGUUACCAUAGAUGGCACUAAUGCCAAAGGACUUCCUGGUGUCUAAACAUUUGAGGACCCUGCAUGCUGCCCUUCUCUAUCGCUGUGCCAUGACUUGUUUGUUUGCAGCAUGUUUGUGGGCAGUGUCCAGCACAGAAAAGUAAGAUGCAACUUAAUUUAAUUCCCCUAAAAGACAGUAAAUGCUUAAGUGUAAUUCUGGAGAAACAGUUUUGUCUACCCUCAUAUUGCAGAUGUUUUGCAUUGUACAGGAUGUAACAAAACAAGAAAGUGAGCUGAGUAACUGGAGCAUACCAGUUUAUAUCAGCAAAAACCUGGCUAAUCUUUAACUGUGCCUGUCUGUCUAGUAUGAUCCUGUGUUGUGUUAAACCAAUUUCUGUCUCCCAAUCAUUCCUUAUCAAGGUUAAAUCUAAUAUAUCCUUGAAAUAGUGGUUAUAAACACAAUCCUCCGUACUUCUGGUGUGAUUUGUCAUUUUCCACCAUUACAUGAGAAGCUCUUCAAGAAUUUUCUAAUUCAAUUCUAUACCUUUAGAAAUAUUUAAUUGUAUUAUAAGGUUAUUUGAUUUUUUUAUUUAAAGUGAUUUCCAAUUCUUCCAAAAAAAUCCAAAAUAAUAUGCCUUAAUUUGUAACAAUCAAUGACCUGGAAUUCUGAUUCUCUGAUCAUAGAUAUUUUGACUUGCACACUGUCAAGUCUCAUCAAUAUAUGCUAAAGCAGUAAUUAGUAGCUGCAUUAAUGAUCCUUUGUUGAAGAGCAUGGAGACUUGAAAUGGCUGAUCUAUUUGUUCACAAAAUAAAUCUGGUAGCUCUGUCUCUGCAGCACUGUACUCUGACUUGGGAAUCCUGGAUAGCUUUGUUACUAUCAUACUGUUUUGAUGCUACACUGCUUCAUGUCUACUAUGUAUCCCUACAUAAAUCUAAAAGAGAUCACUUAGGAAAUUAGUUAAAUUUAAAAAUUCUUCGGGGGAGAAGGAAUUCCCACAUGUUUUUAAUCUGAGAGGAUGUGGGAUCAUGUGAUCUGGCCACGCUUUUCAUCUCUUGUGUGAAAAUUAUAGCUCUAUUUAGAAAAUCUCAAGACACCCUCUAUUUAUAUGCUUUGCUUUUUAAUUGAAGAGCCUGUCAAACCGUGCCCUAUUGGAGGGUGCGCUGAUCAUUUCAUUAUGACUUUUGAGAAACUGAACCAGAUUCAGGUGGUCCAAUGCACCUAUUUCUUUGAUAGCCUGGCCUUUUAUUUAGAGGUAAAUGUUGAGAAGUUGGCCCCCUGUUUUCUCGAGGUUUUCCAGGACACGUUUGUAAAGUGGUUUCCUGAUUUGGGUUGGUAUGAUAGGGAAGCCUGUUUUUUAUUUUUUAAAUGAAAAAUGAAUUGAACCUCUGGAGGUGAAGAGACAGCUUAAUUACAUUUGCAAAUCAUUUUGUUUCAGAAAAUAAUUUCCUCCAACCUGAAAGUGAUUUCUAUUUUGCAUUUGUCUUCAGACAUUAAGCAGGACAUCUAACUUAUCUGUGUACACCUUGAAGGCAGUUAACAAAUUUAAAUAUUUGGUGAGGAGAUAAUUAAGUUUUUUUUUUAAAAAAAUCUAAACUAAUGAUGGACUAGUGGGAUUAUUGGACUGGUGACAAUAGCCAGGUACUGCAAGCAUCAGGCCAGUUUUGGAAAUGCCCAGUUAUUGGGUCCACUUCGAGACACUUUCAGGGAGUUUUGAUGUCCCGAUACCUAUACCCAGGUUCACUUUGUUUCUAGUGGACUUUGAUGUUAUUAGACCUGUGCUUUUGGGUGCUAAAAGAAAUACCAAGGGUGAAAUAGUUACACUAACGAGUGCUCUGUUACUAUUUCAAACUGGUAUUUAAAAUCAAUUUUCUUUCAUUUCAAAAUUAACAAACUAUGCUAAAUGACUUGGUGAUUUCUGUCCUGGAAAGACUGCAUUCCUUUUUGAAUUAUAACAUGUUUUCAGAGGGAAACUCAAGUAACCGUGAACAAUCACCAAAAAGGAAACUUGAGCAGGGCCUUGGAGUAUGAGGUUUCCUGUUGCAGAGGUGGGGCAUCGUGAAUGAUCAUUGAUGUCUUGAGAUGUGAUUUAAAAUGAGCUGGAAAGUUCUCAGUUAUAAAAUAGCGCCUUGACGUUGCUGGUCACUGGCUUGAAUCUUCCAGUUUAACACUGUCUGUCAUUUCUAUGACCAUUCUGUGCCUAUCCAAUUGGUGUGUACACACCAACAAUCAUUUAGUAAUCAUCUAAAAGUACCGAUAUUUAUAUUUUCAAUGAUCAAUUAUGUUUCAAAUAUAUUCUUUUUUAAUCAUUUUGCACAACAAUGUUUGAAGUGCAGCUCAAUGUUGUGGAAAAGCUGCCCCUGCUGUGACCUGCUUGUAACUCCUGUGUAGACGAAAGGGGCGCAGUCUUUCUGGAAUCAUGUUUCAGCAUAAAUUCUGCUUUUAUUGAUUCGAUAUUAAAGAGAUUGUGUCUUUAGCGUUA